AAUACUUUACUAACGGUGAUGGCAAAGAAACUCUUAUUCAAUAUAAACUUUGCAAAGAAGAAUGCAUUAGAUCCAGAAUGUACAAACUUGACACUAUCCGAGAAGACUCCUGGUUUUGUAAUUUAGAACAUUUGUAUGCUUACAAGGCUGCCAGUGAUGUGGAAUGGAAUCCCAAUCUCAACUUGUAG